AUGGGGUUUGGGGUGCGCGGCUCGCUUGGUCCGUCACUCGGCACAUUCCAACUUUCCUCUCUUCCGUCUCCGUCUCGCAUCACUGUGCAUCCGACCGUUAUGGCGAGCAGCGACAAUCCACUCGGAUACAAUUUUAUCAUGGAACCCAAGGCGAAGCGGCAGAAGUCUGCGGACCUUGCUCCAAAAGGGGGAAUGUAUCGAAUGAAUGUGUUUAUCGACUUGAGCCGAGCUCUACAACCGCUCAUCGAGAAGCAUACAACAACAACCGAAGCAUGUCAUCUCAUGCCAAGUGAGAACCUCAUUGACGCAUCGACUGGUGCCCAGUUCGUGCGUCAAAUUCAGAGCGCAGCAGCAGGCACACCGCCGACCCGCCAAGAGACUAGGAGAUGGUCAACGGGAAAUGGGCAUGGGACGCUACCCAGGCUGCCUCCGCUGACCGAAAACAAAGAGUUCUACGAGGCCCUUUUUGUUCUCCCCACCAGGAAAGUGGCCGAUGAUUUAUUUCAAGAUUAUUGGGAACACGUGGAUCCCAUCUUCCCAUGGUUGGAUCGGGAAACAAUCACCGCUGGCUAUUAUAGCCUUUGGUCUACAGGAACCGACAUGACGAUGAACGAGAAGGCUCUCCACUGUCUUCUAAAUUUGAUCUUUGCUACUGCUUGCAAAAUUGGGUCCCCUGAUGAAGCGAACGCCCAUACCCAGUCCGCCAGUCUCUUCUAUGGGAGAGCAAAACUGCUCAUGUCCUUCAAUCUGAUGGAAAUGCGCCACCUAGAAAUCAUUCAGAUACUUUUGCUGUCUGCAGUGUAUCUUCAGCAUACGAACUUCUCCGAGGCGUUCUUGCAAAAUAUUAGCUUGGCUAUUCACAUUGCUCAGACUCUAGAUUUACACUCCCGGGAGUUCACGGAGCUUCUCGCAGAUUCAAAUGAUCGAGAGCUCGCCAGGCGAUUGUGGUUUGGAUGCAUUAUUUUGGACAGAAUUGCCGCCAUGACCUUCGGGUCCAAGCCCAAAAUAUCACAAGAUGUGGCCAACCACGCCUCAAUUCCACUGUCAGCCGCGCAGCAACCACAAGCGUCCCAUCAGUCACUCGAAGCGACCAAGGCCGACUUUUACAGCGCAUUUUGCCACUUACACGUUGUGCUUGGGGAUAUACUAGAGUCAUUUUAUGCCCCGAAUAGCACUCAUUCAACGUCACCGGAACUGAAGUCAUCUACCGCAGCCAGGAACAAUGACCUUCUUUCUCCUGAAACGCUGGCAAACUUAUUUCGACUCGAGUCGGAUCUCUGCACUUGGCAUUCUACCCUAAAACCCUACCUCCAGGUGAACAUGAACCGUGAGAACACGCGACCGGCCAACGUUCUUCAUGCUCGUGCCGAGCGAGAUAUCAUCGAGUUCUUCAAUUAUCUAAGCAACCAGUCUCUCAUAUCUGGUCCGAGUAUCCUCCCAUCACAUUGGUACAUCAUCUCAUACAUCUACAUGGCGGCGACUGCUCUCAUUGCCGAACAACUUUUCCCAAAUACUCAAGGUCAUAUUCCCAUCUCCAAAUUGAAUGAUUUACUAGACCAGGUGGAUCGCAUCCUCCAGAGCUGCGAACCGUUCAAAUCAUCAUCUAGCGCCAACGAGAGGCAAGUUCCGAGAGUGCAAAUACAAGCACCUGACUCUCCUAGGUCUGGAGACGAGCUACUCCAGGAUCAGAUUGAUUAUGACUUUGGGCCUACGGGCUUCAACAUGAACACUGUUGAUGAAUAUCCUUUCAGGUGGAACGUAUGGCCCGUUUCAUAUGGAGACUUAGGGAGCGGGGGAUUCGAAGGGGACACAUUGUGGGCAGCUUUCUAG